AUGGCCGCCCCGGAGCCAGUGGACAUGAUGGUGAUGGCCUGUCAGGACCAAACCUGCGACUUCAAACCGAUGAAGAUGCAGAGACGGCCGCUUGGGGAUGAGGAUGUUCUCAUCCAUAUGGCCUACUGCGGUGUGUGCCACACGGAUUUGCACAUCGCUGCCAAUCAUGCAAAAAAUGUACAGCCAACGGUCUACCCCUGCGUCCCGGGCCAUGAGCUUGCUGGCGUUUGCAUCGCUGUUGGGCCCAAGGUGACCAAGGUGAAGGUGGGCGACCACGUCGGCGUGGGCUGCAUGGUGGACUCCUGCUUGAAAUGCAGCGCCUGCAAGAAAGGGGAGGAGAACAUGUGCAGAAAAGUGAACACCGCCACGUACCAGGGCAAAAACACCCACGGUCGAGCUGCAUCAUUUCCAGCCGGUGGUGUGACCGUGGGUGGGUACUGCACCAAGAUGGUGGUGCACGAGCAUUUCGCCAUUCUGAUACCGAAGAACUAUCCCUUGGAACUCGCCGGUCCGGUUAUGUGCGCUGGUGUCACCAUGUAUGAGCCUUUGCGUUACUACAAAGCUGGGCCCGGGACCAAAGUUGGAAUCGUAGGCCUGGGUGGUUUGGGCAUCACAGGCAUCAAAAUCGCCAAGGCGCUGGGCUGCCACGUCACUGCCAUCAGCCGAGGAGAGAAGAAGAAGGCGUUGGCCAUGAAGGUCGGGGCCGACAGUUUCGUCUCCUCCACUUCCGAGGAGCAGAUGGCUGGUGCGGGCAAGUCUUUUGACCUCACGCUCAACACCAUCCCCGGCCCGCAUGAUCACACCCCUUACCAGAAGCUGGCCAAAGUUGGGGGCAAAUGCGUCCUCCUGGGUGCACACAGCGCUAUGAUUGCGGCAGCGGUGUUGGUCGACCCCAUUACAGGUGGAAGGUCGACGAUGACUGGCUCGAUGAUAGGGGGCAUCAAAGCGACCCAAGAGGUGGUUGACUUGUGUGCAAAGCAUCAGAUCAUGCUUGAGCACAAAGUGGUGCCAGUAUGGGAGGUCAACACGGUCUUCGAGGCUUUGGACAAAGCCAACGACGAGGGCUUGCGCUAUGUCCUUGAUCUGAAGAAGACCCUCCACGAGAACACUGCCGCGAUGUGCACACUGCCGCCCCCGCAGCUGUCGGAGCCUGAUCCAAGGACCACAGUGUCUGUUGGCCGUAUUCUGUCAAGCUGCUUCUCAAUGCUUUUCGUGCACUGGGGUUGCAGGCGCAUAUAA